AUGAAAAAAGUGAAAAAAGAGAAAGUAAUAGGACCAGUGGUUCCCGUCAGUUACAACCGGUCAAUUUUAGCUGCCUUCGAGAAGCAAGCAAAGGGAAAAACUUGUCCAUUAUGUAAUAUCAAGUUUUCAUUAGCCAGCUAUAGAUCUCACAUGAAUGUAUGCAAAGUAGCUGAUGACGAUGAUGAAAUAAAGGUUAUGGCAUCUUACACUCGCGAGGAAGCGAUAUUGUUACGAGCAGGUCCUGAAAUAGUACUAGGAGAAGAAAACAGUGGCCAAGAAAUCCCUGUUAAUCCGAAGAAGAAGCGGCGGACAGGAGAAGAACAAUUAGAAUCAACGCCUAAUCCACCUGUCGUGCAAGCCUUCGAUUUCGAUGUGCCCGGCCCGUCAACGAGUAGUGAGAAUUUGGACCCUCCAUCGGAAUCAUCAGAAGUUAGAAGUGUGGAGAAAGAAAUCAAGAAGUCGCCAGUUUGGGAGAAUCGGCGACGCUCUACGAGAUUAGCUCAAAAUUCCCAGAAAAGCCAGUCCGAGAGUCAGGAAGCUAUAGUGAAAAAAGAGACUGCAACAGUUUUGGAAGUUCUCGCAUCCAUUAAUAACUUCGAGACAAGAAUCGCCAAUUCGGAUCGUCCAACACCUUACUAUGUAAAAUGUACUGUCAAAAUAUUGAAGAAAAUUAUUUCGACAAUGAAAUCAGAUGGCGAUUUCUAUGCUGAUAAUUUCUGGCUCCCCAGCGAUAUCAUAACAUUUUAUCGAUUCGUUGAAUGCCUUUCCGAUGGAGCGAAAUGCCUUUUAGUUCGGCUGUUCGUUCGCAAACCGAAUUGGUAUCAUUUAGAAAAAUUGGAGCAGAAAUAUACUGAAAUUCUGAAUAUUCGUGGAGCUGCCGUAGAGCUAAUGAAGUGGGAAUUCAUUUCUGACGAUUCCACUCUCAAAACUCUCAACGAAGCACUUCGAAUUUCUGACAUAACAGUUCUGAAAAAUGUUGCGAAAAAGUUCAAAAUCGAUGGAAACAAGAAUCGGCAAGAUUUGGUUCAAUCGCUUCGGAAAUUCGCUUUAUCCCAACAAUCGAUAUUCGGUGGAACGGGAAGUGUAGAGCUGGCAGUUCUGAAAAGUUUGAAAACGGAAUUGGGAACUUGUAUUAAGAUCAAAGACGAAAUGGUGGAUCUUUUCAAAUGCCUCUUCACAUUGUACUGUCCCGUUACCACAAACUCAGCCAACGUUAUUGACAACCCGGCAUCUACAAACGUUUAUCAAGACUUACUCUAUAUGAUGCUUUCCGUGGAGAACGGCUCUGUGGAAUUCCCUGCUCCAAAUCCAUGCCCAAAUAUCGCAAGCUUCUACAAAAAUCGAGCGAUGCUAAUGGAAUAUGUCACUGCGAAGGCACUUGAAUCAUCGUUAGUUCUUCAAAUGUCAAACGGAGAUCAUGAUAUCGCUCUGGAUCUUGCAAUUGAUGCGAAAGAGUUUCUGGAUCAGAUGCCACUGGAGCAGAAGAAAUAUUACGAAAGUUUGGAGAUUCAUGAGAGGAAAUUCACAUCGAUUUGGGUUCAUACUCGAUGCUGCGGACAUGCAACGAGCGUGCUGGAGAAGCAGAAGAAGUAUGGAAUGGCUGUUGAAUGGCAGAAGGAUUUGUUGAUUACUAAUAAAGAUGUUCAAUCGUGCUGCCUCGAUUCCCGCGGAAUGUGGUGGGAUCGGAUGCUGCUCAAUUUGGACUCACAUUUAAAAGUAAGUGUUUUUCCUUCUUAUUCUCAAACGAAAAAACGAUUUUUUCAGGAAAAGACGGAGUGUGCGAAAAUGAUCCAAAUCGCUCUCACCGAUUCAUCAAUUCUCGAGAAAGAGCUUCUAUCAAUCCAAGAUCGAGCAUUAAAACUCAAAGAGAUGCCACCUGACUUCCGACCUCCUCUCAACAUUGGAACCCCAAUGAAACGAGUGAUCACCGCAAGAACUAUAUCAAAAAGUUUGGGAGACGGGCGAGUCAACCGAUUUGUAUUUCGGGAUGAGGAGAAAGAAGAAGACGUGGAGUGUUCCGUAGAAGAAGCAGCCAGAAGGUGGUACAUUGAAAACGACGAAUUCACGACUGGUGUUCACGAUGAAGGUGCCACGUGGCAUACCUUAUUCGGACUCCUUUUCUAUGACAUCAUCUUCUGCACAGAUGCGGUUAUGGCAUCAGUGUGGCACAGUGAAGUGCAAGACUGUCCAUCUGAUUUGAGCAAUACUUUAUAUUUGAAGAGAAAAGAGAAAUUUGAGGAACGAUUCGAAUGGUUGAAAGAUGCUGAUCAGGAAACGAUAGAAGAUAACAUCCGGAGAAUAUGGGGAAUGAAACAAAACGAGACGAAUCGAGAGUGUUCAUGGAAACACUUCCAGUCUGGAAUUGAAGAUUGUGUGAGUAUCUUCCAAUGCAUCCCUCGUCCUGCCAUGCUUUCAAUCUUCCGACGACUCGCGGAGAACUAUCGAAACUCCAGAUCUGGAUUCCCUGAUCUCACUCUCUGGAAUCCCGAAAAGAAAACAGUUGCAGUCAUCGAAGUGAAAGGGCCUGGAGACCGUCUGUCCACGAAACAACGUCUUUGGUUAUCGUUUUUCGCUGAUAACGGAAUCAAAGCAGAAGUGUGUCAUGUUGAAGCACAAAACUCAAGACUGCUGGUUUAG